AUGGCGCCCGGGCUCGCGAGCCUCGUGCGCUCUCCCCUGCUCUGCUCGGUUGCCUUUGCGCUCACUCGUCUAUCCAACAGCUAUCUCACUGACACCUUUGCCCACGUGCCCGCCUCUCAAUUCAUCCAUUCGGCUCUGUCGUGGGUCUUUGGCCUCUGCCUCGCUCUCGGCUGUCUUUCUGUCUUGAACGAAAAGCUAUCCGAUUUGGCCCACAACAAAUGGAUAUGGGACCCCAAAUCGGAUCCGUUCAUGCGAUUCCAGGCAGAGGCGAAGAAAUGGAACUGGCCUGAAGAAGUCGCCGUCAUUACCGGCGGUUCGGAUGGGAUCGGAUCCUAUGUCGUCGAGGGCCUUGCUUCGCAUGGCGUGAAGGUUGCAAUCUUGGAUGUGCAGCCACCAACCGAACGUAUCAAGGACUUGCCCAACGUCCAUUACUACGAAUGCGAUGUCAGUAGUCAACCCUUGGUGUUCGAUGCUGCCGAAAAGAUCCGCAAGGCACUUGGCAAACCUUCCAUCCUCAUCAACAACGCCGGGAUCGGCAAACCCUACACCAUCCUAGACCUUCCGCCCGGCAGACCUCGAGAGGUCUACAACGUCAAUGUGUUGAGUCAUUUCAAUACGCUUCAAGAGUUUCUACCCGACAUGCUCGAGCAGAAGAAGGGCUACAUCAUGGCGGUUGCCAGCCUUGCUUCUUUCUGGUCCGGAGCUGGCACGUCCGCCUACUCAUGCUCAAAGGCUGCCGUGUUGGCACUGCAUGAAACACUCAAUCAGGAGCUGAAACACCGCUACCACUGCCCGGAGAUCAAAACAGCCAUUGUCCAUCCCUACUUCACUCGCACGAACAUAAUCGCAGACUUCGUAGAGCAAAUAGAGAAGCGGAAAUCAGCUCCAAUUCUCGAACCCCAGGAUGUAGCGGCGGCCAUGGUCGAGCAGAUCUUGAGUGGGAAAGGUGGUCAGCUUUUCAUGCCGAAGAGCACCAGCAUCCUCAUUCCGUUGGUUCGCGGCCUGCCCACCUGGGUGCAGGAGUUCUUGAGGGAUUCAGUCGCCAAGAGUGAAGUCAACUCGGAAAUGGGGAAAUGA